UAGGGUUUUAGUUCUUAAGCCUGUCGGUUCCAACUUCAGAGUAUACUUCGAAAUGGCGGAAGAGACAAUCCCUCAACUCGGAGAAAACGGUCCGGAGGUAACCAACUCCUCCGCCGAAGAUAUGGAACUUGAAAGCACAGAGCCGAAAGUAUCAGGUGGUGAUUCUGAUGCAAACGAGGCCGCUCCAGUAACGAAUGGGGAUGCUAAUUCCAAGCGUGAGAGGGAGGAAGAAGGCGCCGGUGACUGUGUCGGAGAGGCGAAAAAGCUGAAGGUGGAGAAGUCGGUUGAAGAGGAAAGGCUUGAGAAGGUGGAAAGAGAUGGGAAAGGCGAGGAAGAGCAUGGUCCUGUGAGUUUAGGCCCGAAGAGCUUUGGAUCAUCGGUGGAGUUGUUCGAUUACUUCUACAACUUUCUUCACUACUGGCCUGCCAACUUGAACGUGAACCAGUACGAGCUGAUGGUGUUGCUGGAUUUGAUUAAGAAGGGACAUGUCGAACCGGACAAAAAGAUCGGCUGUGGUGUUCGCGCUUGCCAAAUUCGAUACCAUCCCAUGUGGAAAAGCAAGUGCUUCUUCCUGAUUCGGGAGGAUGGGUCUGCUGAUGACUUCAGCUUCAGGAAGUGUGUGGAUCAUAUCCUUCCACUGCCUGAAAACUUGAAGACGAUAUCUGAUGCAAACAGGGCAUUGGGUGGUGGUAAGCACCGCGGUGGAGGAAGAGGAGGAGGGGGUAGGUGGAGAAACUGAUGCUUUUCACCACAUUGGAGUGUUGGAGUCAGUUUGUUUUCCUGCUAAGAAUUUACGACCAAAUCCCCCCAGCCCUCAUGGCUCUUGUCCUCAAGGUCAGGGAAGAAAUUAGAGAAAUGAUUUGCUUACGCCCAUAAUUUCUAUGUUUUACUUCGUUGAGAGAAAUGAUUCCUUGAAUAUUAUCCAAGAUUCUUAAUUUUGUCAAUUUUAUAAAAGAAGAUUCUAGAGUACUAUUUCCUUC